AUGCGGCUGCGCCUGCGAUGCGGAAAUUCCUACAGGCUCGGUGACCUGCAAUGGUGCAUGGUCCAUGUUCCCGAAAACGUCUUCACAGUGCGAGACUUUGCAGGACAUGUAUCCCGACUGCUAGAACUGAACCUUCAUGGCGGCAAUGCAGAGCUUCCGCAGAUCUUGCUCGAUGGCUUCAUGGUGCCACAUGAUGAGGAGGUGCGGGAAGUCCUCAGAGACGAUGAGGUCGUGGACGUGGAGGUGUUGGACUCUGCUGGAGUGGAGCCUUCUCAGGGCUCACACAAGAGGCACCAAGCAGACUUGCCUGGACACGGAGGGAACAAGAGGCUGAAGGGGAGCCCGGCGCCUGCACCCGUCAUGGCUCUAGGAUGGCAACCCGAUCCCGAGAAGAGCGAUGCUGACAAGGCGGUCGAAGCUGCGAAGGCCCUUGCGCUCGCAACGUGCACAGAUGGUGCACCGAGCAACGGUUGUGGCAAGGACGAGGGCCGUGGGAUUUUUGUCGGUGGGCUGCCAACCUCGGUGGACGACAAGGAGUUGCGCAAACACUUUGAGCAGUUCGGCACUGUCCAGGAUGCCACCGUGGUCAUGAAUCAAAAGACAGGGAAGCCCAAGGGCUUCGGCUUCGUGGAGUUCAGGGAGCCGGGUGCGAGAGAAAAGGUAUUGAGCCCGGUUGUGACAUUGCUUGACGCAGCCGAGGCGGCAGCCAUUCCCGAGCCACAGGAGUGCAACCACUUUCGGGUGUGCUCGACGUUUCGGCUGGAAGAGAUGUCGCCUGACAUGGUCGACUCAGAGAUCAAGGUUCCUGCCGAGUGUUCCUCCUCCUUGCUUGCGCAUGCGCGGUAUGUUAUUCUCAAGUUCAGCAAUGAGGAGCAGGCCCGCUUGAACGAUCUGUACCACUACAGCCGCAAGUUCUUCAGCAAUCCUUCUGCGUACAAGGAGGGCUUCAAAUGCUUUCCCAUUCCUGGCGGCUACAUGACUCCAUUUCCGGGUACCUACGAGAUUUUCGAGCUCCGUCGAGGGUUGCCAGGUUGUCCUGCGGAGCUUCGUCAGGCCAUGGAAGCCUUUGCCGUAUUGGAGAAGUUGGCGCUGGAUUUUGCCACACAGGCCAGUGUAAGACAUUUUGAAGCCUCUCCAUCUGAAGGAGACGAUUUCACUCACACAUUGCGUUUUAGAUGGCUUCGCCCUUCAGAGAUUGGGCGGCAGUCCUCACCGUUGCCGGCGCAGAGUCGCAGCGAAAAGUAA